AUGGGGAGGUCUCCUUGCUGCGAUGAGAAUGGCCUCAAGAAAGGCCCUUGGGCCGCUGAAGAAGACCAAAAGCUCACAGAGUACAUCGUAAAAAGCGGCCAUGGGAGCUGGAGAACACUGCCGAAGCUUGCAGGACUGAACAGGUGUGGCAAGAGCUGCAGGCUGAGAUGGACGAACUACCUGAGGUCAGAUAUCAAGAGAGGGAAGUUCACCCCCGAGGAAGAACAGACCAUUCUCCAACUCCACUCCGUCCUUGGCAACAAGUGGUCAGCCAUCGCAAAGCACCUCCCGGGGCGGACCGACAACGAGAUCAAGAACUUCUGGAACACGCACCUCAAGAAGAAGCUGAUCCAGAUGGGCUUCGACCCCAUGACACACCGACCAAGAACCGACUUCUUCGCUGCGCUGCCACAGCUCAUCGCGCUUGCCAACCUCCGCCAGCUCGUGGAGCAGCAUCCAUGGGAAGACAACACCUCCAGCCACCUCCAGCUGCAAGCCGAUGCAGUCCAGGCGGCAAAGCUCGAUUACUUACAGUGCCUGCUUCAGUCUGCAGCGGCCAUUGUGAGUAGUCCCACCUCCAGCAGCAUAAAAACCAUCCCUACUGACCUGGAGCAGAUUGGCCUCCUUAGUCCUUCGCAGAUGUCUUCCUCUUCCUCGUUGUCGUCCCCAAGGAUCCUGGAGGGUAUCAACGGCCAAGACUUCUUAACUGGGCAACUGCCUGACAUCCAGAUACCUAGUAGCUCAUUCUAUGAACAGCCCAUCAUCAAUGGUGGUAACCAGAACUCAGAUUACACUGCGAACAACGGUGAUGGGGAGAAUAGCACCCACAAACCGUUGUUCAUGUCAGAGAACUCCCUUCCGUCGCUUGAUGACUUCCCUAUUUGCAUCCUUGGGGAUGCUUGCAUCACCUCAAGAUGUGAUGCUGAUGGUCACAGCGCUCAGCUCCCUAUUUGGUCUGAGUCAUUUUAUGACCACUUCAUGAGCGAGUUUGCAUGA